AUGGUCCUCCAUGACAUCAAGAAUAUUAUGAACUGCCUUCUCUCUCCAGCAGAAUACAUGUUGUGGGAGAGGCAGUGGAAGAAACAUUUAAAGCAGUUAUCAGAUGUUUAUGCAAGAGAUGCUAACAGACCUAAUUUUACUUUAGAGCAAUUAGCAGGAGAAGGAGAUUUCCAAAAGCCCCGAGAUCAGGCCCGAGACCUGCCUGAAGCAGCUUUACAGGAUAUAGCUAAUGCUGCUAAGAUAUCUCUUUUUACCACCCCUGAUGAUAAAGUGCCAACACAUUGCUUCACCAAUAUUAAGCAAGGGGCAACUGAGUCUUUUAUUAAGUAUAUUGAUAAGUUAAAAGUGGCCAUUGAAAAGCAGAUAGAGACCCCACAGGCACAAAAGGAAUUAUUAGUAAAAAUAGCAAUGGCCAAUGCUAAUCAGGAGUGCAGAGCAGUUUUGCAAGCCCUCCCUCUGGACCCCGAACCAACCAUAGAUCAGAUGGUUGAAGCUUGCACCAAACACUCCUCUGCCUCAAACCCUCCUUAUUAUUUAAAGGAACAGACUCCUGUGGUACAGGCCUUCUUACUUCCUAGUGACUGCCCAGAUCAUGUUCCCCUCAACCCCACUGCUAUGUGGACACAGGUUGUGGGCUCCUGCAAACCCAUCGUGGACUGCAGCCUGUUUUGUUAUGGGGAAAGGAUUCAGCGCCCAGGAAUGAUAGACACUGGAGCAGAUGUUACCAUCAUCGCCUGCUCCGAGUGGCCAGACAAUUGGGAAUUACAACCUGUAACAGGCAUGAUUUCAGGAAUUGGAGGGAUGACAGCUUCCAUGAGGAGCAAACGGAAUAUUGUCAUCGAAGGACCUGAGGGACAAAUGGCAACCAUCAGGCCAUUUUUGGGAUUUUUAGUCGGGGUCACUGAGAAGCGCGCCACACCUACCAUCCCCCAACUCACCUGGAAACAGCACCAUCCAGUGUGGGUUGAUCGGUGGCCCCUAUCUGAGACCAAACUGCGCGCACUGGAAGCCCUUGUGGAAGAGCAGCUUGCCAAGGGCCACAUCACUGAGUCCAAUAGCCCUUGGAACUCCCCUGUCUUUGUCCUGUGCAAACCAGGCAAAGACAGGUGGAGACUCCUUCAGGAUCUCCGGAAGAUCAACGAUGUCAUUGAGGAAAUGGGACCCCUUCAGCCUGGCAUGCCCUCCCCUUCAAUGCUCCCCCGGGAUUGGAAGCUGGCUGUCAUUGACAUAAAGGACUGUUUUUUCAACAUACCACUCCAUCCUCGGGAUGCUCCCAGAUUUGCAUUCUUGGUUCCCUCUCCAAACAGACAAGCACCUUUAAAAAGAUACCAUUGGCUGGUCCUUCCUCAGGGGAUGAAAAAUUCUCCUACCAUCUGCCAAUGGUACGUGGCCCACAUCCUGUCACCUGUGAGGACCUUGUUCCCAGAUGCCGUCAUCCUCCACUACAUGGAUGACAUCCUGGUUUGUGCUGCUGACGAUGACUAUCUGCACUGGACUUUACAAAAAACUAUCCAGAUAAUUGAGGACACUGGAUUUGAGAUCUGUGAGGACAAGAUCCAGCACACCUGCCCUUGGACCUACCUGGGACUCCAGAUCCGCGAGCGGACCAUUGUGCCCCAACAGCUGACCAUCAAAGACGACCCCAAGACCCUGCGGGACCUACAUCAGCUCUGCGGGUCCAUCAACUGGAUACGCCCUCUGCUUGGGGUAACAACAGAAGUCCUUGCACCCCUCUUCAACCUGCUCUGUGGCAGUGAGGCCCUCGACUCACCACGCUCCCUCACGCUGGAGGCCCAGGAAUCCAUCACCAAGGUCCAGGAGGCCCUGUCUUCAUGA